UCCAGUCCUCUGUCGUAAUUAGGUAAACUGACAACAACAAAAAUCUUGAAAAUUUAAAAAACUCAAAAAUGCACGGUCAGUAAGGCCUUCUUUCGCUGUGAGUCACUACCUACUUUCUAAUAAUUAAAUAUAUAGCGUAGCUCACUCUUCCGUACCCAAAACCAAAUCCUAAAGGGUGACAUCUGGUUGUUCAUUUUGGUACUUCCGGAAGUGACCCAGAACUUUCUUUCUUUUGAUUCUCCAACAGCAAAACGUGUUUUUCCACCUGAAAGCAGUGCUUCGACUGGCAUUUUUUCUUUUUUUAUUUUUUCUUUUUUUUGGUAUUACUGUGCUUAUAUAUUUGUAUAAUGUAAUGUAAGUUGAGUUAUAUAACUUUCCUUUCUUUUUUGUGCUUUUUCCUGAGAAUAUCAAAAACUACUGUUGGAUUGGAUCAAGAAUAGUAGAGUUUUUUUGUGGGUUUUUAAUUAAUUGCAUUCCACAAAUAGAUCUUGUUGUAUAUGGUGGCCAUGGCGUCACAGUUGCACAAGGAUGAAGAUGUUAGUGGAGGAAGACUUGGGUUUGGGAGGGUUAAGGCAUUAUUUGAGAAAUUAAAGAACUGGGUUGUGGAAAUUGCAAUGAAGACAAAGAAAUUAGGGGAAGACGAUCCAAGGAGGAUUGUUCAUUCUCUUAAAGUAGGACUAGCAGUCAGUUUGGUUUCUCUGUUUUACAACUUUGAUUUUGUUUAUGAUGGUUUUGGGAGCUCUGCAAUGUGGGCUGUUUUGACUGUUGUGGUGGUCUUUGAGUUCUCUGUGGGGGCAACACUUGGAAGAGGCUUAAAUAGGGGCUUGGCAACAUUUCUAGCUGGGGCUUUAGGAUUUGGUGCGCAUCAUUUAGCAAAUCUUUCAGGAGACAAAGUGCAACCAAUACUCCUUACACUCUUUGUCUUUCUACUUGCUGCGUGUGUGACAUUCAUACGCUUCUUUCCCCGGAUGAAAGCCAGAUACGAUUAUGGGCUCCUUAUUUUCAUCUUGACAUUCUGCAUGAUAUCAGUUUCUGGUUAUAGAGAUGAGGAAAUUCUUGAAAUGGCCCAUAAAAGAGUAUCCACAAUCCUCAUUGGUGGCCUUACAGCUUUGUCUGUCUGCAUCUUGAUUUGCCCAGUUUGGGCGGGUGAUGAUCUUCACAACUCGGUUGCCAACAACAUUGAAAAACUAGGCAACUUCUUAGAAGGUUUUGGGAAUGUGUACUUCAAAAAAUCAGAGGAUGGAGAAUCCAACAAGGCAGUUCUACAGGGCUAUAAGAGUGUUCUAAACUUAAAACAGAGUGAAGAAUCCCAGGUUAAUUUUGCAAGGUGGGAGCCUCGACAUGGCAAGUUCAGGUUCCGACACCCUUGGAAACACUAUUUGACAGUCGGAACUUUAACUCGACAAUGUGCAUAUCGAAUCGAUGCCCUUAAUGGCUACAUCCAAUCUGAAAUUCAGGCGUUGUUACAGGCACCAUUGGAAAUUGGAAGUGAAAUGGAGGAAGCGUGCAUGAAGAUGAGUUCAGAAUCAGGGAAAGCUUUGAAAGAAUUAGCAGCAACCAUGAGAACAAUGACAUUGCCAUGCUCUGGUGGCGGCGCCGCCCCUCAUAUCGCGAAAUCGAGACUGGCAGCCAAGAGCUUGAAGUCAUUGCUGAAGUUAAAGACAGGAUUAAUGUUGGAGGAUAACACAAGUGAUCUUCUAAACUUAGUACCAGCUGCCACAGUGGCUUCCCUUUUAGUCGAUGUGGUAUGUUGCACUGAGAAAAUCGACAAGGCAAUCGAAGAAUUGGCCUCCCUUGCAAAAUUCAAGAGUUCUGAACCAACAAUGGAGGAUCAUAAACCCAAAUUGAAUCGUCAGAUGGCAUUCUUGCAGCAACGUUCAACGUCGUUUGGACCUCAUCAUGUUGUUACCAUUCGUCAGACAUCUCAAUGUCGACAUGAUCAAGCUCACAAGGAUGAGAAAUAGAUAUGCCGUAUCAUAUAAUAUAAUAUGUUUCAUAAUCAUAUAGUAUGCCAUCAUGGGUUUUGCUCUGUAGAGAUUAGAAAUAAUAUUAGUAUUGGAAUUAAUUUUCCUAAUCCAUGUACAUAAUCCUUUUCUUUGUGGCCAAAAUUUUUCUAAAAUGAAUGGACUGUGGUUCUGUAUUCACAACGAAAA